AUGUCUUAUUCACCAGAUAUUUUUUGUAUCCUGGGGAUUAUCAGUGGAGUUUCAUUGCACACCCUUUUAUAUCGAUACGGUGAUUGGGAUACCAAGUCUCCCACCCUGGUCCUCGCCUACCUUUUGGCUAUGUUGACUGGGACAAUUGGUCUACAAUAUUCUUCAUCCGUGCAGAACCUAUGGAGAGGCUCCUUGGCAGAUAUUUGGCGAUUGUUUGCAUAUCAUUUGAUGGGAGUCUAUAUGAGCAUGCUUAUAUAUCGGGCAUUUUUUCAUAGGCUGGUCCGGUUCCCUGGCCCAAUCCUUGCUUGUUUGUCCAAUUUCUAUAUAACACGAUUAGCUGCAAAGAAGCUCCUGCUUCAUGAAGAAAUCCAUGACUUACAUGCCCAAUUUGGAGAUUAUGUCAGGUUAGGUAAGACAUUUCUAUUUGAAUACCCUUCAGCGCAGCUAAUCCUACAUGCUUCUUUGCCGAUAGGCCCCAGGGAGCUGUCAAUCACAGAUCCAGCGGCUGUGACAGCUAUCUAUGGUACCCGGUCAGAGACCACAAAAGGUCCAUGGUAUACACUAUUGGAUCCAAGGACGCCAAUGUCUUUUACGAGAGACAAGAUUGAACAUGCAGCACGCCGAAAGAUCUGGGAUCAAUCAUUCAAUACCAAGUCCCUAGAUGCCUAUGAGCCUUUAGUCACCAAAUGUGCACAACAGCUGAUCGAUGUAAUCGACCAAAGACUUGACAAAUCUAUUGAAAUGUCUACGUGGGUCAGGUACUAUGCUUUCGAGGUUAUGGCCAACUUGGCCUUUGGCAAACCAUUCAGUAUGCUCACCGAGCAAACGGAGUCCUACUUCUUAAAAGUUAUGCGUGAAGAUAUGAAGCUUGUUGGCUAUCUACGACACCUACCCUGGCUUUCAACUCUCCUCAUGAGGACGCCGGUUGUUAACCAGAAUAACAAAAGGUUCUGGAGGUGGAUUGAAGGCCAAUUCUCAGAGAGAAUUGAGGUAAAGGACCCCAGCAUCCCGAUAUCUUUGGAUCUAUACUUGAUGCGUAUAUGCAGGGUCCAAGAUCGAAAUAUGAUACCCUCAAGUUGCAUGGAGAUGGUUAUCUGA